AUGGAGGGUGCGGAAUGGCUACAGUAUUUGGAGAGCUUGCAGCUUUUUGGCCAAGUCGAGUUGCCAGGUGCCUUGCAGAAGGUGCACUCAGAGGUUCUGGGCGAAGCUGGCACAGCGCGUGAUGAGGCAAGCUGCCCGAGAAGGGAUUUCACGAACUACCUGGCAUUCCUGCUAAGUGACCACGUCUUUCGCGAGCCUUCAUGCAACGUAGGAACCAAGUGGGCUGUGGUGCUGCAGUAUGAGUGGGCCCGGUUAGGUGAGAAUGGGUUGCGUGCCGUGGCCCCCUGUGCUUGGGACAAGGCUCAGAAGGCGCGGGCCGAGGUUUGCAUGCUUCAGAAAGCAGGUUGCAAGCUUCAGCAAGCCUUCGAUGGCUUGCAGAAGGAGCUGCGACAGGCAGCAGGCGAUGCUGCCUACUACAAGGUCCUCUUCGAGGACGCCAAGCAGAACGCAACUUCGGCCGAAGGCGGGGAGCGUUCCAUCUUGCAAGAGCAGCUCCAGGCUGCGCGUGCAGAGGCAGGCCGGUGGCGCGAACUGGCUGAAAAUCGUGGGCAGGAGCUGGCUGUGCUCAGGGCCCAACUGGCGCGACAAGGGCUUGGAGAAGAUCCUGCGGCCCUGCGGCCCAUACAGGUGGGUGUGGAUCCCAAGGCAGCACAAGCCCGAAGACGGAUGAAGGCUCCUUCAAGGGAAGGCAACACGCAGUACUUUGACAUCAGCUCACCGAAGGAGCCAGUUCGAGAACAAGAGAAGGCGGUGGCAGGACCAAAGAUGAAGCCUCGACAGUUGCAGAUGGCCCAGUGCUCCGGCCCUCCCAAAACGCGGCGGGAGCAGAUGGAGGCUUCGCGCCAGUGCCCACGCAAUCCACUUAGUGCCAGCACUGUCGCGCGGUGA